AUGAAAGAUUCUAUCACACCACCAGACCCACGAGGAGUAGAGAGUUUCCGGAAAGAUAUCCUCGAAAAUGACGUCCAAUGUAAUAACGAAGCAAAAAGAUUCUAUAUUCAUAAGAUCACAAUGCACAAUUCACAAUUACUGGAAUAUGAUAAAAAUCCGGAGUUAGCCAGAUACAUCUGUAAUGCUACUGUGUUGUUGAUUGCUAAUUUGUGCCAUUAA